AUGAAGAACAGUGGGAGUGGGAAUGGGAAUAAGGGUGACAAAGGCAAUGGGAAAGGUGGGGAGGUGAGGAAGGACAGGAAGUCAGGGACAGGCAUGAAUGGAUCACCCAAGAAGGGAGGCCAUGGAGGCAAGUUCACUUGGGUCGGUGAUCUUGGCUACUCUCCAGCUGAGAUGGGCUUCCAGAAGGAGGUUCUCGAUGACAAAGAUCCUAACUUUGAAGACCCAGAAGAGAUCCCAACCGUCUGA